CGGGCGCCGCGGGGCCACCGCCAGGCCGAGCCGGGGAGGACCGAGCGCGCAGUGGCGGUGGCGGUGGCGGUGGCCGGCGCGGGAGCGGAGCGGGAGGCCGCGGCCAUGGCGAAGGCGCGGCCACAGUGGGCCAACCCGCUGCAGUUCGUGUUCGCCUGCAUCUCGUACGCCGUGGGGCUGGGCAACGUGUGGCGCUUCCCCUACCUGUGCCAGAUGUACGGCGGAGGUAGCUUCCUGGUCCCCUACCUCAUCAUGCUCAUCGUGGAGGGAAUGCCACUCUUGUACCUGGAACUGGCCGUGGGGCAGCACAUGCGGCAGGGCAGCAUUGGAGCAUGGAGGACCAUCAGCCCUUACCUUAGUGGUGUCGGGGUGGCCAGCGUGGUGGUGUCCUUCUUCCUCUGCAUGUACUACAACAUCAUCAACGCCUGGGCCUUUUGGUACCUCUUCCACUCCUUCCAGGAUCCCCUGCCGUGGUCGGUCUGCCCGCUGAACAGCAACCACACAGGCUACGACGAGGAGUGUGAGGCGGCGUCCUCCACGCAGUACUUCUGGUACAGGAAGACGCUGAACAUCUCGCCGUCCAUCCAGCAGAGCGGGGCUGUGCAGUGGGAGCAGGCGCUCUGCCUCAUCCUGGCCUGGCUCGUGGUGUACCUCUGCAUCCUGAGGGGCACCGCAUCCACCGGCAAGGUGAUGUAUUUCACAGCGCUGCUGCCCUACUGCGUGCUCAUCAUCUAUCUGGGCCGGGGCCUCACACUCCAUGGAGCCACCAAUGGUCUGAUGUACAUGUUUACUCCAAAGAUGGAACAGCUGGCCAACCCCAAGACCUGGAUCAACGCAGCCACCCAGAUCUUCUUCUCUCUUGGCCUGGGGAUGGGCAGCCUGAUCGCCUUCGCCAGCUACAACGAGCCCUCCAACAACUGCCAGAAGCAUGCCAUCAUCGUGUCCCUUAUCAACAGCGCCACCUCCAUAUUUGCCAGCAUUGUGACCUUUUCCAUUUAUGGCUUCAAGGCCACCUUCAACUAUGAAAGCUGCUUAAACAAGGUGAUUCUGCUGCUGACCAAUUCUUUUGACCUUGAAGAUGGCUUUUUGACAGCCAGCAACCUGGAGCAGGUGAAGGGCUACCUAGCGUCUGCCUACCCAAGCAAAUACAGUGAGGUGUUCCCACAUAUUAAAAACUGCAGCUUGGAAUCGGAGCUAGACACGGCUGUCCAGGGCACUGGCCUGGCUUUCAUCGUCUACAGUGAGGCCAUUAAGAACAUGGAGGUGUCCCAGCUGUGGUCUGUGCUCUACUUCUUCAUGCUGCUGAUGCUGGGCAUUGGGAGCAUGCUGGGGAACACAGCGGCCAUCCUCACCCCUCUGACUGACAGCAAGGCCAUUUCCAGGCACCUGUCCAAGGCAGUCCUAUCAGGUCUGGUGUGCCUCAUCAACUGUGCUGUGGGCAUGGUGUUCACUAUGGAGGCUGGGAACUACUGGUUCGACAUAUUCAACGACUACACGGCCACGCUGUCCCUGCUACUCAUUGUCCUGGUGGAGACAAUCGCCGUGUGCUACGUGUACGGGCUGAGGAGAUUUGAAAGUGACCUUAAGGCCAAAACUGGCCACUCUCUCAGCUGGUACUGGAAGGGCAUGUGGGCAUGCGUGAGCCCCCUACUGAUCGUCAGCCUCUUUUUCUUCUACCUAAGCGACUACAUCCUCAUGGGCACCCUGCAGUACCAAGCCUGGGACGCCUCUCAGGGCCGGCUUGUGACCAAAGAUUAUCCCCCCUACGCGCUGGCUGUCAUUGGGCUGCUGGUGGCCUCCUCCACCAUGUGCGUCCCCCUAGUGGCCCUGGGGGCUUUCAUUAUGCGCCGCCUCAGGAAGGGGGAUGCUGCCCCAGUGGCCUGAAAACUGGGCUUCCUGGCCACAGAACCUCCUCGACUGCUUUUGAAGAUGUUUAAGCCGGAAGUACUCAGUCGAUCAACUUCCUGAGUGUCUGAAGAAGAAUAAGGAAGGUGAAGAGGAAGAAGACUCCCUCGGGAGAAGCCACCCUUCCGACCCUCUGCCUGCCCUGAAGGCCACGCUCCCAUUGGUCUCCUUGUUAUCGAAGGAGGCAGCUGUGAAGGCCAAUCUCCAGGACAAACUGCUUCCUUGAUUCUAGGACAGUCUUAGAAUUACAGCAUGUUGGGAGCUGAAAUUUUACUGUAAUUCUUAUGGGAACAAAUUUAAGCAACUUGGUUUCUUGCUGAGGAGAUGCUAAAAUUCUAGAAGGCAAUCACUUUUAGAUCUGUUUGACAAGUUUUGAAGUGCCUGAGAGGACAUAUUUGAAUGUCAUUUGGGUGAAAUUAAUUUUCUUUUUAGUCACAGUGAAUGGGUAAUUUCUGUGUUCCCCUUCCCCCCAUAAAUGCUAACAGGACUGACCAACCAUAAAGAAAGAUGACCUUUGUUUGGGGCCCCCGAAGGGCAUCACCUCUCUCUAAGGUCUCUCACAGUGAGUGGAGGAGCAGCCCUCUGUACAAUUGUCCCCAGAACAUUUUGCCACCCCAAACCGCAGAAAUCUGUGCAGAUACCCUGCCGGUGAUAUCUCAGUGACUGGAAAACGUACUGGAAGCCACUGGGAGGUGAAAAUGGGUCUAAGUUUUCCAUUGGCUUAAUGUUGUAUUUGGGUAUCAUGGCCAACUCUAUAAAGACCAAGAACAUUACUUAUCAUCAAUUUUAAAUUAUUUAGCUGUACAUAAGUUUUCAAAAAUGUAUA